AGCCCUCACCUCUAUCCCCUCUGAUUCUCUCCUUCCUUUUGCUCAUCGCGGCGAUUUCUUUGUUCUUGUACCGCGAUCGGGGUCUGAUCGGUGGUUCCGUGGUUGAAAAUAUUUGAUCUUGGAGUCGAUUGGCGAACUCUGUGUGGUUUUUAGGACUCGGGAUGUGAUUGACUGUUCGUUGAGCUAAAGAUUUCUGAUGGUCUGUGGACUGUGGUUUGUCAAAACUCGGGAUGUGAUUGACUUUUCGUUGAGCUAAAGACUUCUGAUGGUCACGAUUCGAGUGGAUUUUGAUGAUUGCGAUUCAAGUGGAUUUUCCCUUUCUACUUAAGACUAGAGCUAUAUGCGAAAUGGAGUCUCAACUGUGGUCGUCAGGUACAUUGCAGAAUUGCUCGCCGAGAAGCAAAAGCUUGCCCCUUUCAUGCCAGUUCUUCCAUGCACAUCCCGGUUGUUGAAUCAAGAAAUAUUGCAUGUAUCUACACUCUUGGGGAUUCCUGUUUUAGAUCAACCUGGGUAUCAACAUGGUAGCCCCCUUAUAAAUGGAGGAGCAAUACCAAAUGGAAGGCCUAUUGAAAUGAAUGGUUGGGCGCCAGCAAUUCCAUCUGAAGGGUCGGGCAUGUUCCAUCCUCCAUCUAGAAAUUGGCUCAAUCCACAGGGCAACUCAGGUUUCAUCGUGAAGAAAACAAUGAGAAUGGACAUUCCUGUGGAGAAAUACCCUAAUUUCAACUUUGUGGGUCGACUACUUGGUCCAAGGGGAAAUUCUCUUAAACAAGUUGAGGCAAAUACCGACUGUCGUGUCCUUAUUAGAGGCCGCAGCAGCAUAAAGGAUGCUGCUCGGGAAGAAUUGAUGAGGGGAAAAGCAGGAUAUGAACACCUUAAUGAACCUCUCCACCUUUUGAUAGAAGCUGAGCUGCCAGCUGAGAUCGUCGAUAUCCGUCUUAUGCAAGCCCGAGAAAUUCUCAACAAUAUGCUUAAACCUGUGGACGAAUCAAUGGACUUCUUCAAGAAGCAGCAGCUUCGCGAGCUUGCUAUGCUCAAUGGCACGCUCAGAGAUGACAGCUCACAAAAGUCUGGAUCACUCUCCCCAUUUCACAACAACAUGGGGGGCAUGAAGAGGGCCAAGACUCGCGGUUAAACCAUGGUGGUUGCGGUUGCCUUUGACUUCUUUUCUGAAGAGAAGACAUCUGUUAUGUGAGACCUGAUUUGGUGUCUUAACUCUGAAGUAUAUGUUGCAGUUGUGUGUGGUGAGAGAACCAAAGCUGUGGUUGUGGUUGUUUAGUGUGCUAGGGGGGGGGGGGGAUGUGCUAUGCGAUUUUUAUAGGCUUGUAUAGCUCCACAGGUUGGUCGUGUGCAACUGACAGUAAUAGGGCUUUUGUGUGAUCUUAAUGCAGAGGAUAUUAUUAUUUAUCUGUGUAAGAGUAUAGAAAGGAGAUUGAUGCAACACACAAUUGUAUUGAUCAUUGGGUACAAUAUUUAUACAUGUGCAGGAGGCGUUCAGCCGUAACUA